AUGACCCCUGCUAUCUCUGGUAGCAGCAUAGCAGGCGAGGGCCUGGCGUUUGUAGUUACUGCAGCGGCACCCCAGGGGGCUGCAGCAGGGGUGGGGCUGGGAGGGGUGGGACAGCGGAGUGUGGCGGUGGAGUUUGACUCGGUGCUGAGUGUGAAGCACAGCGACCCCAACGACAACCACGUGGGCGUCAAUGUGGGCGGCUCACCUGUGUCCCUCGCCUCUGCCACGGCCCCUCUCAUCCUCAACGACGCCCACACCAAGCACGCCUGGAUCCACUACGACCCCACCAACGGUGGCACUCUCCGAGUCUUCCUCUCAGCCUCCAGACAGCAGCCGUCCCAGGCUGUGGUGACCGCGAGAGUGUAUCUGUGCAGCGCGCUCAAGCCCACCAUGGGCAACGCGUCCUUCUUCUUUGGCUUUGUUGCUGCUGCUUUGAACAAAUCCCAGAGGCACGACAUCCUGUCGUGGAAGAUUACCACUGCAACCACAUCAGCCCUCCUUUUGACACCCCCACUGUGCCCCUUUCUCAACGCCCCUCGCACGCCCCUCGCCGCCUGCAGCCGACUCCUCGGCACACGCAGUGGUGGCGGCGGUGGAGGCAGCCUACAGCAUCGCCAGCAUCCCCCCCGGCUGUGUGUGGAGCAGCUGCGGCUGGCCCUCUCUGCCAACUGUGACGACAUGCCUCCGCGCGAUGUGCUGGCCUUCCUGGUGGCUGCCACGCGCAACGGAGGGGGGCUCGUGGAUGACGCAGCAGCAGCAGCAGCAGCUGCCAGUCCACACAGCUUGGCGUCCGCUGGCCGGCGGGAGAGACUGCCCAUGAAGAUUAAGUACUACGGGAUUCAAGGCUUUGAGGAGACCUCCUUCGAUGGAUGGCUGGGUCUGCUGCUAGCAGUACAGCGCCAGCCAGUGGUUGUGCGAAUAGAGGCUUCCGCAAGAUCGUUCCUUGAGUAUGAUGGGCCUGGAUGGGCCACUCUGGGUGAUCCGCAACUCAUGGGGCACCGGGUGGGGGGACGUAGGGCACAUGUACAUGGACAUCCAAAGCGGGCCUGGGGUGUGUGGCAUCAACACACUGCCAGGCAUCGUCCCCAUCCUCCGAUGUACGCGUAG